GAAGGUAUCACAGCACAAAAUUGUGUUCUAGAAAUCAUGAAAUCCCAUAUGUUCCUGUGCUUCUUCCUUUUUGUGAUGAGCUUCACCACGAAAACAGUGUCACCAACCACUCCCCAAUCUUCUUCUUACGAAAUAUAUGAGCAAUAUUUGAUCGAGCAUAAGAAGCCAGACAAUGAAACCAUAUACAAGGUAUCAAAGCAGCUAUGUUGGGGGUGCAUGGCAGAGUCACUAGAAUUCUUAUUCAGACACAACUUAGUAAGAGCAUCGAAAUGGGAAGUUCCACUGAUGUGGGACUUUCAGCUGGAACAAUACGCAAGGUGGUGGGCUAAUCAAAGAAAAUCAGAUUGCAAAGUUGAACAUUCUUUCCCUGAAAACGGUUUCAAGUUAGGAGAGAACAUAUAUUGGGGUAGUGGUUCUGAUUGGACACCAACAGAUGCUGUUAAAGCUUGGGCUGAUGAAGAGAAAUAUUACACUUAUUUCACUAAUUCAUGUCUUGCUGGUCAAAUGUGUGGACAUUAUACUCAGAUUGUGUGGAAAAGUACUAGAAGGAUUGCUUGUGCUCGAGUUGUUUGUGAUGAUGGAGAUGUGUUUAUGACUUGUAACUAUGAUCCUGUUGGUAAUUAUGUUGGGGAGCGACCUUAUUAAUAUUAAUACAUCUUAUGUGUACAUGCAACUAGGUUAUCAAGAUAUUUGAUGUGCUGAACCUCAAGUCUGUGUUUUGUUGUAAACUUUAUUCACUAAAAAAAAUGUAUAUUGGUUAUAUAUAAUAUAUAUAUAUAUAUGUGGUAGCGUGAAUUCAGUUCCUCAGUCCUUUGUAAUAAACUAGCUAGGAAUGAGUAUAUAUGUUGGUAUAAAUUGAGCAAAUGUGUAUGCUUGAUUAUGGGUAUAACUAUGGAAUUGGCUUUGAUAUUGAUUAGUGAAUAGUGAUUGGGACAAUAAUUCAAAGAAACAGGGGAUCCGUUUGCUUGAGGUCAAUUAAGCGGAGUUUGAGUCAA